AUGACCUUCGGACGGACGUUCAACGUGGUUGGAGCGCACUGCGGCGGCGAAGUCUGCGAUGUCGUCGUCGGGGGCGUUCUCGAUGCGCCUGGCAAAACAAUGUUCGAGAAGAUGAUGCACUUCUGGAAAAAGAGAGACAACCUUCGGAACCUUCUCCUCAACGAACCCCGUGGCUCAUCGUCCAUGUGCACCAACCUGGUUCUUCCGCCCUGCAACCCGGAAGCUGACGCCGGCUUUAUCAUUAUGGAACAUGAAGAGUAUCCGCCCAUGUCCGGAGCGAACACUAUCGCGACAAGCACCGUCCUCCUCGAAACGGGCAUGGUGCCGAUGCAAGAGCCUACUACUACUCUGAAGCUGGAUACAGCCGCGGGGUUAGUUACAGUGACCGCCGAAUGCGAGGCCGGAAAGGCGAAGUACGUUGAGUUCCAAAACGUCCCGGCAUUUGUGUAUGCUUUGGAUUUGGACAUUACUGUCCCUGGAUUUGAUAAGCCUGUCAAGGUCGACAUCGCGUAUGGAGGGAUGUGGUAUGCGCUUGUGGACGCUGCCUCAGUCGGUCUUCAGAUUGCAUCAGAGAAUGGACGUGAGCUUGUUGAAGUGGGCGAGCGCAUCAAGAAAGCUAUUCAGGCACAGACAGACCCGAUACACCCGGAGAAUCCUGAGAUUAGGGGUGUCACCGUUUUUGAGUUUACCAACCCUCUUACUAGCUCGGGAAACAAUAAGGAGGCUGUCAACACGGUCGUGGUUUCGCCCGGUCGGUUGGAUCGCAGCCCCUGUGGAACGGUUAGGAGCGAAGCUAAGGUUGGGGAGUACGAUGCUAUUGUGCCGGCGGUUAAGGGUAGUGCUUGGAUCACGGCCUUCAAACAGGUUCUACUUCACCCAACAGACCCCUUUCCAGAGGGCUUCAGAGUUGGGGACAAGUGGCAUCUUAGCUAG